UUCUCAUUAGCUUAUAAGCUCUCCUUCUCUUCUAAUCUCUCUCUCUCUCUCUCUCAUGACAGCACCAAACACUUCCUAGUUCUUCAAGCAACAAAGCCAUCAAACCACACACCAAGUGAGAAAACCAUAACAAGAGGUGGAACAAAAAAAAGAUGAGUAGUAGUGUAUAAAAGAAACCCACUUUGCAUAACCAUCAUUGCAAUCACAUCCAACUAGGAAAAAGUAGCCCUAUAAUAUAUCCAUUCGUACUACUGCUUGGUAAGUUGAGCAGUUUAUUUCUUCAUAUCGAAUCCUUUUUUUCACACUACUUUGUUAUAUCAAAGAAUACAACUAGUCACUCAGAAAGGAAAAACAAAAAACAGAAAAUGGAUAUUGAGUUGGCCAAGUGUGAGUGCUGUGGAUUAAAAGAAGAUUGUACUCAAGACUAUAUCACAGAUGUCAAGUCUAAAUUUGAUGGAAAAUGGCUAUGUGGGUUAUGCUCAGAAGCUGUUCGAGAUGAGGUUAGCAGAGGAAAAAGUAGUCCAUUAUUUGGUAUGGAAGAAGCUGUGAAAGCUCACAUGUCGUUUUGUCGUAAGUUCAAAUCAAACCCCGCCGUUCGAGUGGCCGAUGGGAUGAGACAGAUGCUUAGGAGAAGGUCAGGUGAUUUGUCAUCAUCAUCUUCGCCGUCUUCUUCUUCUUCUUCUUCUUCUUCUUCCAAGAAGUACUCAAGAUCAACAACCACAUCAUUGUACUAAUUUGGGGGUUUUCAUAAUUGCAGCACCGGAUCAGGAAUAUGAACCUCUUAAUUUCAGGUUACAAUAAUAUUGAUAGUUGAACUUGUUGGCCUAUCAUGGUAUAACAAGUCUCUCUCUCUCUCUCUCUCUCUCUCUCAUCGUUGUUCAUGUACAGGACUUUUAUAUAAGUUGAAGACUUGGUUCUUAGUUUUGAUUAUAAUUUAGCUUUUCCCACUUAUAUGCUAUUCACUUUCUUA